CGAUACCCUUCACAGUUCAGUCGACUCCGCGCGCCAUUGAAUCAAGAAUCAACUGCUCACCGACCAGCAUCGCCAUCCUCUACAUUAGUGUCGCGCUCAUCCCUUACCUCUACCAAGAAAAGCACGAUUCAACCCGAACAGAGCCCUCGCGCCCGCGACUGACCACCUCAGAGGUCGCAUCCAAACCACACCUCCCAGCACCGGAUUGCACGUCACAGCCUCCCUCCUGGAAGCAAACAUGGCCUCACCCGCCCCUUUCUCAACUGCAGCAGCAGGAGGCUCAGUUCCAACGUCCUCUCAAACUCCAACCGCGGCACCAGCCGCAGCAACGACACCCUCGCACCUCCGAGACAUCACGCAGCAAUUGAGCGCAGACUCCAGCUCCAACCCCAACUCCAAUGUCACCACCACUACCAACAACACCAAUGCGGCCACGAACCCCACUACAACAUCCACAACACCGGCAACAACAGCAGCGCCCGCGCCCGCACCAACCCCAGCAACCCCAGGCACCCCCGGAGCCACCGCAUCCCACCCGCCAGCACCGACAACCACAACAACAACUACAAACGGAGCCACCGCACCCUCCACCACUGACCCAACCGCCGCAACCCCAGCCCCAGCCGCAGCACAAACAGCAGCAACCGCAACAGCAAACGCAUCAGUAUCAGCAUCCACAACAACCUCAACCGCCAACCGCGGCCUGCCAUACUACGAGAAACUCCGCCGCGAACUGCGCGACACACUGCAAAAGAAACGGCUAAUGGACAAGAGCAUGGCCCAACUCGAAGACCAAAUCUACCGCUUCGAACAAUCCUACCUCGAAGAAACCACCGCCGGCAACAUCAUCAAGGGCUUCGACAACUACAUCAAGGGGUCCUCGACCGGCGGCGGACUCGGCGCGGGGGGACUCUCGCUGUCCUCCGGGGUCGGAGGGGGAAGUGGCAGCGGAGGUGGUGGUUCCGGUGGAGGCAGCGGCGGCGGCGGCGGUGGUGCGCGACGGAAGGCGCCCGUCACGGAGGCGGAUCGCGUGUUCUCGAGGAGUUCUGCGAGUUAUAUGCGGGACUCCCCCGCGCCAUCAUCCGCCCAGACCACCCCCUCGCACGCCCCCACGCCCAAUUCCACUUACAACGGUUCCUCGACCGGUAAACCCGGCAACAAUGGCGACGCCUCCUCCGCGGCGAACAGCGUCAAGGGCCAAUCGUCCAAGAACAAGAAGAAAUCCGGCGGCGGCAAUGCGAAUAAGGAUAAGUCCGCCGCAAAUAAUAGUAACAAAGACAACAAUAACGAUGAGGAGGCGACGGAUGGGGAUCGGCCGCCGACGAAGCGGUUGAAGAUCACUUAUGGGCGGGAUUAGGGUUCGCGGAUUAUGGAUGGUCUGGGUUUGCUGUUCCUGGGAGUUUUGUUUGUGGAGCUUUUGGGCGCGGAAAAGAAUACAAGCUUGAUUUGCUCUUUCUUCUUCUUUUUUUUUUGGUGUGGCAAGGAUGACUGACUGACUUUUAAGUGUUCAUCAUUGCGGCGUGUGGGGACUGUAUCUUACUUCGUGAUAUCCUCUUGUACUGUAC